UCAUACUAGGAUGUGAAUGAAGUAAAGAUUGGUGAUUUACUCAAGAAGAAGUUAAAUUCGGAGGAUGCUAAAUGUUUGACACAAGAGAUUUGUCAGCUUGAGAAACAAUUAGAGGAUCAACUCCUUGUUCGGUCUGCGCUAGAGAAGGCAUUCACUUCUACAUCUUUCUCAACUGAUAAUGAAAAUGAUCAAAAUCCAAUUACAAAGCCUGUUAUGGAUCUGAUGAAGGAGAUAUCAGAUUUAGAAUCACAAGUUGUCUAUUUGGAGAAACACUUGUUAUCACUUUAUCGAGAAACAUUUGAUCAAAAUGUCCCCACUUUAGAACUGAAAUCAUCGCAUAGACGGUCUUCUUCAGAAGUUUGCUGGAAUGAUCAUUGUCAUAUCCCAAGCAAUCUCAAAGAAGAACACGAGAAUGAUCCCAUCUUCGUCCUUCCAGAUGAUCAAAGCUCUGUUCAUAGCAAGAAGGUUAUGAAUUCAGGAAUUAAUCGUUGUCAUUCAACAUUGACUGGAGUAGAUCCAUACCAUUCAUUUCCAUUGUCAAUGCUGGAGAAUUCUGAUGAUGAUGAUGGUACUAGUUCAAGUCUUUCUGCAAGAAGUGGUUAUCUCAAUCAAGUUUCAGAGACGCCAAACUGGAUCUCCGAGGAAAUGAUCAAACUCAUUUCUGCUAUAUACUGUGAACUAGCCUCCGAUCCUCAUUUCUUCGCUCGUGAUUCUCCUCAAGCUUCAUUCUUCUCAGAAACGGAUUCUUCUCCUCAUGAGGACAAUUAUGAUCACACAGAAUGCAUAUCACAAAUGUCAUUAAGUCGAUCCUCCAGCUCCCUCAACUCAGUAGUGGUUAUGCAGUUCAAUUACAGAGAUAACCCAAGGCUUAAAACUGUAAAGCAUAUGCUAUGGAGUUUCAAGUUGCUUGUUUCUCGAUUGGAACGAGUCGAUGCUAAAAUCAUGAGAUACGAAGAGAAACUAGCAUUUUGGAUUAAUGUGCACAAUGCUCUUAUCAUGCAUGCUUAUAUUGUUUAUGGGAUUCCAUAUGGUAAUCUCAGGAGGAAGACAUCCUUGGUCCUAAAGGCUGCUUAUAUAGUUGGAGGCCAUGCCAUAAGCAUAGAGAUGAUACAAAAUUUGAUAUUGGGUUGUCGAUUGAAUAAACGCCAAGGACAAACAUACUGGCUUCCAUCUUUGUUCAAUUUGAGGACAAAAUCCAAGGGUGGUAGUGAACAUCAUGUCUUGAGACACUACGCGGUUCAACAAGAAGAACAUCGGUUGUAUUUUGCGCUGUGUUCUGGAAGCCAUUCUGAUCCUAUGGUUCGUGUGUUCACUCCGGAUAAGGUGUUUGAGGAACUUGAAGCAGCGAAGGAGGACUACAUUCGGACAAACAUAGUAAUUGUAGAAAAGAAACAAAAGAUAAUUCUACCGAAGAUUGUCUACUCAUUUGCUAGAGAUGCACAGAUGUCGGCCAGAGCAUUGGUGGAUAUGAUCAAACCAUUUUUGUCGGAUGAGGGAAAGCGGAUGAAGAAGAUUGAAUGGAUGAGUCAUAAUUAUGACUUCCGAUAUUUGAUAGCCAAGGAAUUGGUAAAGUGACACAAACAUGUUCAAUUGUGUGUUUGUUUGUUUGUUCUUGAGAAGGGGAUGGAUGGAUGAAUGGUGAUCAAACUUGGACUUGCUAUCUACAGUGUUUAUCUCUAAGUUUGUCAUUCAUCCUAUAACUUGUGAUCAAUAAAUGAUGUGAUGAUGGGUGUAUUUCAUAAACUUAAAUUUUUGAGAGAACUAAAUUG